CUCUGGCUCCCGUUGAGCAUUGUGAUUGACAAAUCCAUCACUUGAUCUGGUCUCUUGCGAUCUCGAAAGAAAGAUCCCGUUGAAGAUUUGACCAUGGCGCUCGCCUCGACUCUAUCAAACAUGACUUGGUUAGAUGUGCUGCGGCUGCUGGCAGCCUCCCUGACGGUCGCAAUCGUGCUGCGCGGCGUUGGCGUGGUGGUCUAUCGCAUAUUUUUCCAUCCUCUGGCCAAAGUUCCUGGUCCCCUUUUUGCUAGGGCGUCUUACCUCUACGCCUUCUGGUAUAAUAUGCAUGGAGGUCACAUGUAUUUGCAGACCCAAAGGCUCCACGAGAAGUAUGGUCCAGUAGUCCGUAUCAAUCCGAACGAAAUUCACCUCAGUGACCCCGAACAAUGCCACAAAAUAUACUUCAUAGGGUCACGAUACGGAAAGGAUCCCAUCUUCUACGGCGCCUUCGGCACUGACAAGUCUACCUUCACGACGGCAAGCCCGGACCUUCACCGCAUCAAACGAGCGGCAUUAAACCCAUUCUUCUCGCGCAAGAGGGUCCUCGACCUGGAGGGUAUGGUGCAGCAGAAAGCUAAAAAGCUGGUAUCUCGCAUGCAGCGGGCCUUCGAAUCUACGGGCCGCAUCGACUUACACCACGGCUUCCGGGCUAUCUCGAUCGACGUGAUCACCGAUUAUGCAUUCGAUCAAUGUUAUGGCUUUCUGGACGAUGAGCACUUUGGCGUCGACUUUUUCGAUAUGAUGCGGGAUAUUGGACCCGCGUAUUGGUUCUUUCAGCAGUUCCCAACGCUGCAGGCGGUUGCAGUCCGUACGCCGUUCUGGCUAGCUAAGCUAACGAGUAGGGCGUUGAUGAGAAGAAUGGUGCAUCAACAGGGAUCUCGUCGUCAGGUUCAACGGGUCAAAGACGCAGUAGACCGAGGCGAGAAGGUGCCGCGCAUGACUGUUUUCCAUCAGCUUCUCUCCCCCGAUGCUGCAGAGGGCCAUGUGGUACCGACGGUGAACGAUCUCACGGACGAAGUUUAUAUCAUCCUGGCCGCAGCGUCGGAUACGACUGGCAAUGCCAUGACGAUCGCGACGUACAACGUGGUGCGCAAUCCGGCUAUUUAUGACCGGUUGACGGCUGAGCUGAAAGAGUCGUUCCCGGAUCCGAAGGGAAAUAUGGACUUUGUGGCUUUGGAGAAACUACCGUAUCUGACUGCCGUUAUCAAGGAAGCUCUGCGACUAUCCUUUGGCGUCAUUGGCCGACUUCCGCGGGUCGUUCCCGAACCUGGCGCCGAGUUCAACAACUAUCAAGUGCCAGCAGGGACCGUUGUCAGUAUGAGCUCGUGGACCAUGCACCACGACCAGAACUUGUUCCCAGAACCCGAGAAAUUCGACCCGGAUCGCUGGCUGGACGCCGACCACAGCCGAUACUUGGAAAGGUUCCUGCUCUCAUUUGGAAAAGGAUCAAGACAAUGCGUUGGAAUGAUACUUGCCUAUUGCGAACUGUAUACAACGCUGGGACAUGUGUUUCGACAAUUUGAUGACUUGAAAACCGCACACAAAAGCCGUGAUGAGCUUCUAUAUAAUGAUUACUUCUCUUCCUACCACCCAGAAGAGAACAACAAAUUUGUGUUUGAGAGAGCGCCCGGUCUUAGGACCCAGGGCGUCUGAUUGUGGGGUUGUGGUCAACAUAAUGGGGAUAAAGCCACUACAAAUAUAAUGUUUGCAGGUUCCGUUAACUGUCGUCGGAAAAGAAGGAGAUAAAAGCCCCUUUGUGCAUCUCUAGUUCUGAGUUGUUUUUAGUCGUUUCCGUGGGAGCCACCUGGAAGAGCUUCCUCUGCAUCAACUGAAUUGACGUCUUUCUGACUUUAUCCUCUUUGACCCUAGGCUCAUGUUCGCUGUCUGCAAUUAUUUCUCAGUGCUGCCAUAGUUUCUUUUGAAACCCCAUCCUCUCCAGAGAUAUUUGCUCAAUCCGAGUGAAAAUCCCAUCC